AGCGGCAAGUCCUGGCUUCCCGGGCGGGCGGCACGGGUGAGGACAGAUCCAGUUCAAGCCCCUUCAUACUCCCUGCCACUCCCCGCGGCUCAGAUCAGCCAAGUUUUCACUCCCACCUUCACCUGCCGCUAGCUAAGGCCACCGCUCUCUGGUCGAGAGAGGGCUGCCCACUUUGGGUCUUACCCACGCUGGCUGCUAGAAACCCCGAGAGGUGUUCUCUUUUUCAGUCCUGUUUCGGGGAAGGGGGUGUGGCGGGGAAGGAUGCGAAACUCCGUCCCUCUGCUCUGCCUCUGGGGCGUCUAUUGUUGCUUUGCGGCGGGAAGCUCCACGCCCCCUGGUCCGGAGGGACGGCUGCAAGAUGAGCACCACAAACCCAGGAAUGUGCAGGCAGCUGCUGAACCUCCUGUGAGAUUCAGCCUCCGCACCUCGGGGGACUCAGACCACGAGGGAUGCUACCUCUCCGUCGGCCACAACCAGCCCUUGGAAGACUGUGGUUUCAACAUGACGGCCAAAACCUUUUUCAUCAUUCAUGGAUGGACGAUGAGUGGCAUGUUUGAAAGUUGGCUCUACAAGCUGGUGUCAGCCCUGCAGAUACGAGAGAAAGAAGCCAACGUCGUCGUGGUUGACUGGCUUCCCCUGGCCCACAAGCUUUACACGGACGCAGUCAAUAACACCAGGGUGGUGGGACACAGUGUUGCAAGGAUGCUCGAUUGGCUGCAGGAAAAGGACGAUUUUUCUCUUGGGAAUGUCCACUUGAUCGGCUACAGCCUCGGAGCUCACGUGGCUGGGUACGCUGGCAACUUCGUGGAGGGCACGGUGGGCAGAAUCACAGGUCUGGAUCCCGCCGGGCCGUUGUUCGAAGGGGUGGACAUCCACAGGAGGCUGUCCCCUGACGAUGCAGACUUCGUGGAUGUCCUCCACACCUACACACGUUCCUUCGGCUUGAGCAUCGGGAUUCAGAUGCCCGUGGGCCACAUCGACAUCUACCCCAACGGGGGUGACUUCCAGCCGGGCUGUGGACUCAAUGACGUCUUGGGGUCAAUCGCAUAUGGAACAAUCACGGAGGUGGUGAAAUGCGAGCAUGAGAGGGCUGUCCACCUCUUUGUCGACUCCCUGGUGAACCAGGACAAGCCGAGUUUUGCGUUCCAGUGCACGGACUCAAAUCGCUUCAAGAAGGGGAUCUGUCUCAGUUGCCGGAAGAACCGGUGUAAUAGCAUUGGGUACAACGCCAAGAAAACAAGGAGCAAGAGGAACAGCAAAAUGUAUCUCAAAACCCGGGCAGGCAUGCCUUUCAGAGUUUACCAUUAUCAGAUGAAAAUCCAUAUCUUCAGCUACAAGGCAUUGGGAGAAAUCGAGCCCAACUUUUAUGUUACCCUUUAUGGUACCAGCGCAGACUCCCAGCUUCUGCCUUUGGAAAUAGUGGAGCAGAUCGGGCUGAAUGCCACCAACACCUUCCUGGUCUACACCGAGGAGGACCUGGGAGACCUCUUGAAGAUCAAACUCACCUGGGAGGGGACAGCUCAGUCCUGGUACAACCUGUGGAAGGCGCUUCGCAGCUACCUGUCCCAGCCCCGCAGCACCGAGCGGGAGCUGAGUAUCAGGCGAAUCCGGGUCAAGUCUGGGGAAACUCAGCGGAGAUUAACUUUUUGUGUGCAAGACUUUGAGAACACCAGCAUCUCCCCUGGCCAAGAGCUCUGGUUCCACAAGUGUCGAGAUGGCUGGGGAAUGAAAAACGAAACCAGGGUUUCCUACAGCCGAGCUGUGGACCUUCUGUGAGGGGCCAGCAAGGCCUGCCCACCCCCGCCUUCCAGGGACACGGAGGAGAGUUACUGCUAAGGACCCACCUGAUGGAAGGACACCUCUUGGUCUGGACCCUCAAGCACCGGAAAGAGUCUCUGCCGGGCCCCGCAACUUACCUCCUAUGAUGGUUGGGACUUCUCGCCAGAGCGGACCACGCACUGCUGUUCCUGCCGUUCCUGCUGCUCUAGAAAGCUCUAACUCCAGCCCUGUGUCCAAAGGGUCGAAGGCCCGGGGCUGCUUGUGCACAGCGGGCUGCUCUCUAAGUGCCUGGGUGAGCCUGUGCUUAACCCGAGAAGGAGCACUCGUGGAAGUGCGUGGAAGGCUGUGAGCUGCCUGGCCUGACCUGACCUGUGAGGUGGGGAGAGGUCGUUCUGCUGGGAACUUACUCGCAUCAGGAUGGCAGACCUGUGACCUCAUUCACCCAGAGAGAGGGGAGUGAAGAGCUGGGGUGGUGGCGAGGCCUUCACUGUUGGGGUUCCGUGGGCUGCACUGAUCCAUACUGGUUCCAUUUCAGACAUUCCGUCCUGCUCCCCAGCGCACUCUCUAAAGCACGCAUCAUUGGCGUUCUCGGUUUUCCGUUGCCUAUUUUUUGAUUGGUCAAAUGUUUCUUAAGCACUUAGCCCUAAUUAGCACAUGGCAGUAGACACAUUCGUGAACCUUUCCAGGCUUGGAACCUAAGGGGGUUGGGAUUUCUAGACUCCCUUCCAGUCUUGGUGAUCCAUGGAUAUACACGUGACGAGGGGCACGAGGGACACGGCGGGGCAGGGGGGGCAGAUACAGGGGGUGAGAGUUGGGGAUCCUAGGCGUUCAGGGGUUUCCGCCGGUUCUGGAAGAGUGACAUGUUUGAUCACUUGCAUGGGAGCAAGCGAAGUGCCAUAGUUGCUGGGGACAGAAGGGUGGCCAAUCGCGAAUGUGAUUGUUGCAGAGCGGAACCUCAUCUGCUUAGGAAGAUAGCAGGCCUUACGUAUCUGUUCUACACAUCCGCUCACCAGAAACCAGCACCUGUCCAACAGCGCUGGCACUAAGAUUUAACGGAGGGCUUCUUCCUCCUCCGAAUACCUUACUCUCCUACCCGUGCCUUCUCUGUGUUGAGCUCAGAAAAGCCUCCAAUUCUCGAUCUGGAUAUGAAUGACUGUACGUGAUAUCUGGGAAGCUGUUUUAUACUUUUCCGAAGAUUUGCACAUGCCUAACCUAACUAGAGACUCACAACGGGAGGCGGGCAGGGCAGCUCAAGCCUCUACUUGAGGCUUCGUGAGGUCUGGCCACAUGCCUGGGAUUAUAUACCAAGUCGGUGGUGGAGUUAGCCGAUGCCCCAGAUUUCCUGGAGGCAAGUCCAUAGUGUGCUCCUUUCUGCAACUUCACCAAGAGGUCCAUCGCCUUUCCCAGCAGUAUGACCCAGAUGUGACAAACAAGGAAUUGUUUUUCAGAGCCGUCCAUAAAUCCAUAAACCCUUUUAUUAAUAUAUAACCAGGAAAGCAACUGUUCUCAGAGGCUGGGCGUUUUAUGGAUGAGAUUUAUUUGGAAGGAGAUGGGAUGUCAGGUUGGGGGAGAAGAGUGAUUUUCGUUGUACUUAGAUUUUAAAGGACGUAGUUUUAAUCUGUGUGGUGCCAAAGUUGUAUGUUCAAUGCUAAACUUCCGAAGACGUAACCAGUCAAGUCUUAAUUCAAGGUAUUUUCUUAAAUUGUAUGCCUUGUCUGUUGCUUCUGGGAGUGGUUUCUAGCCAAAGUGGAGCCUAUGUUAUUGAUGGUGUGUCCUGAUUUCUUCUGACAUCUAUUUUUAGGAAUGGAAACCUUAGGAAUCAAUUCCUCAGUGCGCCUUGUAUUUAUACAUUUGGCUUGAAGCCUUAUUUGUAUAUAAUGAUGCUUUUUUUUUAACACUUAGAACACUAUUUAUUUCUCAAGUGUAUAUAAUGUAUAAAAACAAAUACAUGGUUAGUUUUUAUUUUAAAAUUAACCAGUUUUGUGAUUGA